AUGAGCGCCACGGAUCCGUACUCGUUGUCGCUACUGAAUGGUGCGGAGACAACGACACUUUUUCAGAUACUCUUUCCUGGUCAAUGCACUCCUGCGACCAGAGUUUCCGCGGGAGAUGUCCUCCCAGUGAAGAGACAAAGCAACAGCCCACUUGAUGGGAUCGCUGGAGCACUUGCGGUGUCGUCGCCUUCGGUUUCCGAGAGAAUUCGAGCGUGGGAGAUGGCCCCCAAUAAUCACACAGCGCGGCUGCUCUGUGACGUGGAAAGCAGCGAAUUUGACUACGGCCAAGCACCCAUGCUGCAGCACACUGAAGAUGAGCAGCAGGAGUGGGGCGCGUUUGCCGCGAAAGGUUCGCGUGUGCAACACCCCGAUGCAGUUCGCCAGGAGUGUGAUACUGGGCCAAGUGCUGAUGCUAACACAGUACCCUUCUCGAUGCGUGUGCGAGAAGUGGAGCGGCGAUUUCGGGAACAAGUGAAGGUGCACCGCGGUCUGACGGCGGCGUCUCGCCACGUCGACGUCCUCGAGCACUCUGUUCGAGCGUUUCAAGCAGAGCGGCGCACGCGAGCGUUCGUGCAGGCACUUGCGGAGCGUCAAGACGCCAUCUGGGCCCGCGUGUGGCCUGGCGGCUCCCCUCCGGCUAUGGUGGACACUGCAUCGACCGUACAUGACCAAACGUCAGCAUUGGUCCGCGUUAUUCCCAUGCCAGCUGCGCACUGCGGCGAGACGCCUGCAUCCGUGCCGUUGGCGCACCGUGACAACAGUGCGGCAACGCCCUCCACAAGCAGCGCUGCCUCACCCCCACCCCCUGCGUCUCCCACGGGCUCCUUGCUCAGAGAUAUCCUCGACACGUACUCAAAACCGCGCGAGCUUCGGGAAACGAGCGGCGGCAGCGCCGCUCCGGCUGCCACUGCCGCUCCUGAUGUGCCGAGGGCGCCACAGGCACAAAAAGGAGCCCCACUCGCUCCCACGGGGAAGGCGCAAAGGACUGUCGCUGGGGUGGAAAUCGUCCGCCCCGAGGAGGCCCCAACACCGUACACCAUCAUCCGCUACGUUGUGGCAAGAUCCAAGCACGUCUCAGCCCCACACGACACUGUGGACCGCCAAGGCAUCUCGACAUCGUCGGUCGGCACCUCUGUCGCAGCGACAACAGUGUGCACGGCAUCUUCGAAAAAGAUCGAAAGGGAAGAAGAGGAGGGGAAGGGGAACUACUCGCAGGAGCUCUCCACGGUUAGGGACGAGGUGUAUCAAGCGAGCGAAGAAGGUGCAGACAAAGUCUCCACUCAGAGCAGUGACAGCAUCGCAGAUGCAGCCGCGUCGAUAGAUGGCACGUACAGCACGGACACGUUUAACUCGCACGUCUCGAGUAGAGUUGUGGAUGACUCGAUAAGCAGUGCAAAAAGCCCUGUUGUGAGUAGCUCGAUUCCUACGGAAGAAGCGACGUCAUCCUCACGCACGCGUAGCACUGCCUCGGAAGAGGUAGAAGGGGUAACUCCUGGACAUCCGUCAAGGGGGGGUCACCGCGGCAGGGGUGAGGGAAGCAGCCCCUCCGGGGCGGACGACGCACGCGCAACACCCUUUGCUGAAGUCCUGCGAGCUUUCCUUGACGCCUGUCGGUGCGUCUCGGCCGCCUCUGCUCGACUGCUCCAAUCCCGCUACAUUCGAGAGACCAGCCACGGCACUGGUCAGCAAAGACAACACACCUCGCAGCCGGCGAAAGUAGGCACCUCCAGUUCGACCUCUAGCGCAAUGAAGUACCCUGGCGAAACGGCAGAGGAAGCGAGGGGCACUGUAUCAGCUGCUUGGCGCGAGGACCUACACCGGCAGCUACGCAACGUGCGCCACCUUCAGCACUUCCGCGACCACCUGCUUCGCCACCUGAAGCUCAUUGAUGUGCAGUGGCAGACUCGCCAAAAGACAACACGACUGCUGAAGGAAACGAAGGCCCUCGCCAAGGUGCGCAGCAAGCUGCUCUCCGGUUCCACAGUCGCGGAUGAGGUGUCCAUGCGAAAUAUGUUGCGUCAUGUGGCGGGCAUCUCUAAGGGUGCAGGUAAGGGGAGCGGUCCCCGCUGCAGUGGCAGUGGGCAUGGCAAAGGCGCGCCGCGGCGGCAGCAUUCCUCGUUUUCGCGGCUUAAAACGAGGGUGGCGAGCGAUCAUGAUACAACAUCGGAGGUACUCUUCACCGAGAUGAAUAGCAGCGUCAGCGACGCCAUCGCCUCAACUGACACCAGUGCAGUGGAGGAAGAGAUGCAGUAUAGCAGUGAUCAAAGCGGGACUGCCGUCUCGGACAGCAUCAUCCAGGAGGAGGUAGGCAGCUGGAAUGUGGCCUCCGGACACAGCGAGGUGGCCAGUAGUGGUACCGUCUCGACCGAAGUGUCACGGAGCCCUGACAGUGACGGCGACCUCUCUUACGCUAGCGACUCCUUCGAAGCAGCGAGUAACUCAGACGCCGUGGUACGCUCUGCGUGGAUCGCGCGGUCUGGCAUGUUGAGGGAAGUUGGGCUAGACGAGAUCGAGGAAGAACUCGCAGACCGAUUAGCCGAACUGUCGUCAGAUGUCAUCUCCGAAGGGAACUCGAUCCCAUCCGAGGUGGAGGAACUCGUUGACCUGCUACCCUCCUCGCUCAUCCGAAGCGAAAUUGAAGACGAUACCAGUAGCGCGCACGGCAACUCUGCAAUCAGCGUGGCCUCCUAUAUUGCCACUGACAUGAGCAGUUCUGCAGAGGCACUACAGGUACAGCAACGACGCAUGUACGUUGGUGUGAAGGGUUCCACCACACGGUAUACAGCGUGUGGAGACAACGGUGUGCUGGCAGAUCACAAGCCCUACAUUCGUGACUCUCCUGGCGCUAGUGUGUACAGCGUGCCAGAGGACGCCGAUGUGGAUACAUCGAUGCCGCAGUCCACAGAUGCCCGCUCGGAAGGCCACUCAGGCUCGCUGCCGAGAACGAGUGGAGGCGUCGCCGACUUUGACGCGGCCACAUCCGUGGAGUCGGCGGACGAGAGGCAGAGUCGUGGAAGAUCGAGCCCGACCUUCUCGACCAAGAGCUACGGGAGCAGCAGCAGAUCCGAGGAUGCGCUGACAGCGUUGGAGGUAGACAUGUGUCUCACGAAGGAACGUCGACAUCACGCGCUGCGCUGGGCCUCUGGCGUGCCGACGUUUGAGCAGCUCUACAACCCAUCCGUGCUCCCACCGAGGAAAGGAACACCGAGGGGCAGCAGCCGCUCCUCCUCGCCAGAUCGACAGGAAGGUGGACCUGAGCACAAUUGCGACGCGGUAGGAUCGAGCGCUGCAGCCCCAACCUUCCAUGAAAGAGGCACAGCACACGUAGUGUUCCAUCCGACAGCGCGGAUGGAGGUCGGCACACAGGCGGAGACGUGCGCGGUGGACACUCACCCCGCCGCCAUAUCUGGAGCUGCACGACUGAGAACGACAUAUCCGACAGAGGACUACGUGGCGCAGAAUGCGUGGAAGGCGCGUCAGCUGCAUCUCUUGCGGCAACUGCGAUCACCCAUUGUGGGUGACUCCGAGAACGCGGCCAAGGACUCGGCGGAGGCUACCGGUGACCCAAGUCACGAUUUUCAGCGGUGGCAGCAGCCGCCGAAGGACACGGCUGAUCCCGUACUUGACGCCGCCGAAGCCGCAGCACGCGAGGAGUGGGCACAGCACUGGGGUGUCGUGGAAUCGCUGCUGCAGACGCGCUUUUCCGUGUCAGCCCGUGGCGACAGGGGCGAGCUCCCGUCGCCCUCACGUCCCAGAAGAACGGCCCUCCUUCGGUGCCUCCCCUCAGACUCAACACCACCUAGUCGAGGCACUUCUCUGUCGAGUGUGCCUGUGUCCUCGGCGUCACGCUGA